AUGCGAUGCUCGUUCUUGGCGAUCCUGGCACUUCAGGUUGCUUCGAGGACCUUUGAGGAACGAAGCGUCAGAGACCUCCAUGAGCACGGCUUGCUUCCCGAGUCGGAUGUCGCGGGCUUGCGCCUCCGCAGCGUCUAUAUCGCCCACAGGAGCUCGGAGCUGGUGGAGGCCAAGGGCUCUGAAGGCCGGGGAGGUCCUGAAGAGGAAGCGCAAGCAGCGCCAAAGCGAAAGCCAUGGAGGCUCAGCAGGACUCACGUGCCAGAUCACUUUGACAGUCGCGACUUCGAUGAGGAUAGCCUCGAAAACACCCACCGUGGAAGACUACUGACGGGUUAUCCCAAGUCAGAGCUGCUGGAGACGGCCUUGGGCAUCGGCUUCGCCUUUCGCACGCCCCGGGACAAGGUCCUGUCCGUAGCGGCGCUGCUGGCAGCCAGUACACCCUUGGCCGCCUACAAUGUGACUUACCACUAUGAGAAGUGGCGGCCGACCUAUAACAAUGGGACGAGCCCCUAUGUGAACUGGUGUGAGAAUUCCACCGUCGACUGCUUGACCUUGGAGAAUGCCACCAUGGGCGAAGCUCUCGCCGAGAUCGAGGCCUCGAUCUUCACCGCGAGCCGCGAGGAGAUCAAGACGGCGGCGGGCGACCACUACGUUCAGGACCACUUUCUGGGACUUCGUGAAUCCACCUGUGAGAACACCGAAAGCACCGGCGAGCGCUGCUUUGGAGAUGAGGGUGUGGCCAUGUCCUUCUAUGAAGACGACGACUCCAAGAUACUAGUCUUUCAGGCAGGGCUCGGGGAGUCGGACCGGAACAACCUGCUUUGGCAGAACAAGGCCUGGAUCAUCGAAUCCUUCGAGGCGGCCAUGAAGGAGCAGUGGGUCUUGAAUGCGCAGCAAGCUUCAAGCUCAGAGAUAUCUGCGCGGAAAGCGGCAGACGCUUACGAGUUCCCCUUGCGCUGUGGCUUCCUGGAUGAGGCCUACUCGCCCAUCAUCGACAAGUCGGGCCUCACCUUAGCGGUUGAAUCGGUGGCACAGACCACUUUGGAAGACGAGGGCCUUUGGCCUUUGAUCAAGCUCAUCGUGCGCGAGCGGCUCACAGAAGGCGUCACCGAAGCGAAGACGGUGUAUUUGGCAGGGACAGGCUUGGGCGGGUCACAUGCCGCCCUCGUCAGCAUGUGGCUUAAGAAAAAUGAGGACAAAUCCUAUGACACGUACUUGAUUGCAGCCCCUGGCUUCCAAUGCAUCGCGCGGGACAAGUACUCCAAGGAUUUGACGCCUUCAGAUACACAUUCCCAGCUCAUGAUCUAUACCCAUGUGAUGGACGCACUGGCGGGGAGUGUGGACCAGUACAGCGGUACCGUGUGCCACUACGGCCUGAGGAACUUCACCUCCUCCGAGUCCUUCUACGAUUAUUGCUCGCGCAUGAUUGGGCACACAGGGCCGGAGAUCUUCUGGAGGUCCACCACCGUCACCACCACGACGGCAGAGGAUGCCACCGAAGAAGACUUGGAAUUGAUCGCCGAGUACGCGCAAAACAUCUCCUCGGCGCAGGAGGCCUUUGAUCAAUGCCACCGCUUCACGCACUCCGUGUGGUACGCCUUGAUCCUACUCUCCAGCGAGGAUGUUCUGAACCUCGAUGGGACCACCGAUGGCGGAUGCGAAACGGUCGAUCCCAUCGAUGCGGAUGAUAAGUAUACUGUAUGCCCAAACACUGACCAAGCGACCACCGACUGUGAGAACUUCUUCGCGCCCAGCGCGGAGGUCUCCAUGGAAAUGUUGGCGAUCAUCGUGGGCAGCACGGGUGGUGUGAUCGCCUUUUGCGCCGUUGUGGGCAUUUUGGUGGUCCGCCAUGUUCAGAAGAAUGCCAUGGAGGAUGUCGUCAGUUCCAAUGAUCAGGGUCCUCCUUCAACCGGCUGCUUUGCACGCUUGAUGAGGAACUGCGGCGUCUACCUGGGCGCGAAGGGCGUGGACCGCGCGAAGGACGCGCGGCUCCGCGCCAAGCGGGCCCGCGACAAGCGGCGGAACCGGAACUUCCAGGAGAAGACCACCCUUUUGGUGGAAGGCGUUGUGGACAGCGGCGCCGCCAGCUCGGCGGGCGCCCUUCCCACCACCGUGGGGCGGGAGGCUGAAGAUGCUUUGGAGGCUGGCAUGGAAGAAGGUGGCGCUGAGCAUUCCAAGAAGAAAGAGAAGAAGGAUAAAAAGGACAAAAAGGAAAAGAAGGAAAAGAAGGCCAAGAAAGGUGAGGUGGAGGCAACACAGGAGACUGAGAUCGUGGAUGCUGUCUCCGUGCGCGUGGUCAAGGACGACGAGGUGCACGGUACGGAGCACGUGCGGCCGGAAGACGUGACCAUCGGCACGGACGACCUCCUGGGGGGGCGCGUCGUGGAGAAGGAGCUGCUUGGAAGGAAGAAGGGAAGGAAGCGCGACAGCAGAGACACCGAAUGA